AUGUUGCGAAGAGCUUGGGCGAUCCUGACUUUGAAAGCAGAAAUGAUGAUCCUGCGUGAUAUGUCUGAUGAAGACACAGACGACUCGGUCAGAGAUAAAGAUUUUCAACCUAGCUCAGAAGGUGAAUCUUCACGAGAUGAUGCACAGCAGAAUCGUAAAAAGGCCUCGGCAAUAAUGACUUAUUCCAACAAUCCUAGCACUUCAGAGGAUGAUUUUGGUGAAGCAAAUACGCAGGUAAACGAUGAAAAUAAUGACACCUGGUACUUACCCCGCGGCCAACAGAUGCAAUUUGGCGAGUUUCGGGAGUAUUUUGGGGUAAGUCCAACGGUGAUUGAAGAAUUAGUACAAGGUCAUCCGAAAAAUUUUUACAUGGCAGUGGUUGAAGAUUCCAUUUUCCAAAUGAUUGCAGACCAAACCAACAUUUAUGCUACUCAGCAGUUAGAAAAUCAUUCUAAUAUUUCUGCCUCGUCACGACUUCACCAAUGGAACGCUACAAGUUCUGCGGAAAUAAAACGUUUCUUUGGACUAAUUGCUUAUAUGGGAUUGGUGAAAAUACCAUAUAUCAAAGAUUAUUGGAGCAGAGAUCCCAUUUUCAAAACCGAGUUUGCAUCCAUUGUGAUGCCUCGGAAUCGGUUUGAAAUACUGCUACGUAUGAUUCAUUUUGCCAACAAUGAUGAAUGCAGAGAAGGGGAUCGACUACAUAAAAUUCAAGGCCUAGUCGAUAAGCUUGUGCAGAAUUUUGAGGCUCUUUAUCAUCCUGGGGAAUCAGUGUGUGCUGACGAGUUGUUAAUUCCUUUUGGGGGCAGGCUGAUUAUGCGUCAGUACAUGAAACAAAAGCGCCAUAAAUAUGGUAUCAAAUUGUUCAAGCUUUGUACAGGGCAUGGAUAUACUUUACGUCUGAAAAUAUAUGCUGGGAAAAAUCUUGAAGUAGGAAAAACAACACCAACUAGCGUGGUUAUGGAACUAUGUGAAUCUGUUUUGAAUGUUGGCCGUACGGUUUACACAGAUAACUGGUACACUAGCAUCGAUCUUGCUAACAAGCUUCUCGAUAAAAGAACUCAUUUAGUGGGAACAUUGAGGAGAAAUAAAAAAAAUGUGCCGAAAGAAGUAACUCAAAAAAGUGAAAUUAAAAGGGGUGAAAUAAUUUCGAAAGAGAAUAUCAAAGGAAUUACCGUUCUCAAUUGGAAGGAUAAAAGGAACGUUAUUAUGUUAUCAACCAAACACACCAAUGAAACGGUUGAUGUUCCGAAAAGGAACGGUGAAAGUGUUACUAAACCUAAGGUUGUAGCAGACUACAAUAAGGCAAAAUCGUCUGUCGAUUUAUCCGAUCAAAUGGCUGCGUAUUCUUCACCUCUACGAAAAACUGUGAAAUGGUACAAAAAACUGGCCAUUGAGUUACUGUUAUCAACAGCUUUGAUAAAUGCCUAUAUUUUAUACAGGGAAUGUACAGGCAAUGUUAUCGGUAUUGUUGACUUUCGAAAAGAGGUAGUUCGAUAUUUGGUGUCGUGUACCGACGAGCAUCAACAGUAA